CUUGUCUUAACUAGCAAUGCCUCUUUCUCAACUUUGGCACGUCGUUCCUUCCAAGAUACACUAUCAGCCACAAAUAUUGAAUCUGCUCGUGUGUGGAUUGCCCCUGCUACGAAUGUGCAUUUACUUCUCAAUAUCACAUGGCCGUCCUUUGCGUCUGGUCAACAUGUCGACAUACUGAAGCAUCGUCUUCUUACUGCUCUCCGUCAUGCAGCAGUCAGUACCCUUUUCUCUCUCACAUCCCUCGA